CGGCCCGUGCGCAGCCCGAGCCAACAUGGCGGCGCUGGCGGGCGCAGGGGCCGCGCUCGGCGCUCCCCGCGUUUGAGGGGCCGGCCCGGCCCCCGCCGCGCUCCCGCCGGCGGCCACGACCCCGCAGCGCCCCGAGCCCCGCCGCGUCCGACAUGAGGGAGAAGGGCCGCAGGAAGAAGGGCAGGACCUGGGCAGAGGCCGCCCGGACGGUCCUGGAGAAAUAUCCCAACACACCCAUGAGCCAUAAAGAGAUCCUUCAGGUUAUCCAGAAGGAAGGACUCAAGGAGAUCAGCGGGACGUCCCCCCUGGCCUGCCUGAAUGCCAUGUUACACACCAACUCCCGCGGGGAGGAGGGCAUCUUCUACAAGGUGCCGGGACGGAUGGGAGUCUACACCCUCAAGAAGGACGUCCCAGACGGGCUGAAGGAGCUGUCUGAGGGCUCGGAGGAGAGCAGUGAUGGCCAGUCCGACUCGCAGAGCUCCGAGAACAGCAGCAGCAGCAGCGACGGCUGCGCCAAGGACGGCAGGAAGAGCAGGUGGAAGAGGAAAGUGUCGUCCCGCCUGUCCCAGACGUCGUCCCCGCAGCCCGGCUGCCCGUCCCCCUCCAUCCAGGGCAAGGUGCUCUCCUCCUCCCAGAAGCACAGCAAGAAGGCUCUCAAGCAGGCCCUGAAGCAGCAGCAGCAGAAGCAGCAGCAGCAGCAAUGCCGGGCGGGGAUGCCCGUGUCCUCUAACCAGCACGUCCUGCUCAAGGCUGUCAAGGCAGGCGGGGACCCCAGCCCAGGUUGGGAAGGGAAGCAGGCAGAGGGGCAGUCCAGCAGCCCCCAGAACUCCACCUCCAGCUCCUCUCCCUCUGUGAAGCUCGAGAACUCCCUGCCAGGGCUGGGCAAGAAGCCAUUCCAGAGAUCUGACAGGCUCCAUGCAAGGCAGCUCAAGAGGGCCAAGUGCGCCGAGAUCGACGUGGAGACGCCCGACUCGAUCCUGGUGAACACGAACCUGCGGGCGCUGAUCAACAAGCACACCUUCUCCGGGCUGCCCCCCGAGUGCCAGCAGCGCCUGCUGCUGCUGCUGCCCGAGGUCGACAGGCAGGUGGGGGCUGACGGGCUGAUGAAGCUCAGCGGCUCCGCGCUCAACAACGAGUUCUUCACCUCGGCCGCCCAGGGCUGGAAGGAGAGACUGUCAGAAGGCGAGUUCACCCCGGAGAUGCAGCUCCGGAUCCGGCAGGAGAUCGAAAAGGAGAAGAAGGUGGAGCUGUGGAAGGAGCACUUCUUCGAGAGCUACUAUGGGCAGAGUUCUGGGCUGAGCCCCGAGGAGUCGGAGCGGCUGACGGCGCAUCCCGAGGCAGAGCCCGCCCAGCCCCACAGCACCCCGGCAGCUCCACGCCGGGAGCACGGCACCUCUGCCCCCGAGGCCAAAGCACAGCCGGCCCAGGAAGCACCAGCAGCGAAAAAAGGGGGAGAGGAAGGAAGGGAGGACGCACCAAAGCCGGCCAAGCCCCCCGAGGCCUCGGUGAAGCCCGGCGACCGUUCUCCCCCUGUCAGAGAGAGAGUCCAAGGGGAACCCGUUCAGGAGAGACCCCAAACUGGCGCCAGGCAGAAGCCAGAGGAAGAGAGGAAGCACAGUGCAGCGAGGGAGGUGCCAGGGAGCGAGGCCCUGGGUGCCCCCAGCAAACCAAAGAGCUCCGGGGCAGGGGAGGCAGCAGCCAAGGGGCAGAGCCCGGCGGGGGCUCCGGCCCCGCCCGAGAAGAAGCCCCCCGUGAGUGAGGCCAUGGAGGUCAGCGUGGAGGCCCACAAGAGGAAGUCAGAGAGCCCCGAGGAAGCUCCAGGCACCCCUGAGAAGAAGCCCCGGGUGGUGGAGCCCUGCCGGUACCACCAGGCCUUUCGGAGCCAGCCCCAGCCCUUUCCUGCCGCCGGGACCCCCGUGCCACGAGUGCCCCCCCUCAAGAUUCCCGUCUCCAGGAUCUCCCCGAUGCCAUUUCCUGCGGGCCAGGUCUCUCCCAGGGCACGUUUCCCCCUCUCCCUCGCCAGUCCGGGCAGGACAGGGGCCAGGACCUUGGCCGACAUCAAGGCGAGAGCCCAGCAGGCCAAGGCUCAGAGGGCAGCGGCCGCCGCCGCCGCCGCCAGCGCCGCCGCCGCCGCCUCGGCCGGGGGGACCGUGCCGGGGCCCGGCCCGGGCGGGGGGACACCCCCGGGCAGGGGGACACCCCCGGGCAGGGGGACACCCCCGGGCAGCGGCACCACCCAGACCCAAACUGGAACGGCGGGGAACGCGCUGGAACUGGCAGGAGCUGGAAGCGGGGGAGGUUCGAGAAGGUUUCUUCCCCAGUGCCCAGGGCCCCGUUCCCAGGUGGAGAGCGCGGCGGCGGAGCAGGGAGCUCCUGGCAAUCCUUCUGGAGCACAGCUACAGCCAAGGGCCCCCGCCCAGCCCGGAGCACCCGGCACCGGCUCCUCCUGCACAGCCCCGGCACUAGGGAACGGGAGUGGAAGUGGGAAUGGGAAUGGGGGGGCUGGGCCGAGCCCCCCGCAGGUGACGGUGACCCCGGGGACGGGAUCUCCGCGUGCCGGGACCGGGGACAGAGCGGGGACGGCCCCCUGUGCCCACGGGGCUCCAGCGCUCGGGGACGGGCCCGGCUGCGGCACCGGCACGGUGGGAACACCCACGGCCUCGGGAGGGACCGGCUCUGAGGAGUCCAGAAGCAAAUCCCCUGCCCCCCUGGUGUCCUCACUCCCAUCCGCAGGCCCCGAGGCCCAGGCUGGAGCUGUGGGCGCUCCUGCUCCCGUCCCGCCCUGCGGCGCUCCCUCAGCAGCACCCGGCCUUAAAACCCCCCCGGGCGGGGCCCUGCCCAAAGCCAGCUCCAGUAUUCCUGCCAACAACCCGUUGGUCACCCAGCUGCUCCAAGGCAAGAGCGUCCCCCUGGAGCAGAUCCUGCCGAAGCCGCUCACCAAAGCAGAGAUGAGAGCGGUGCCCUUGGCCCCUCGGGAAGAGAAAGGGGCAGCAGCUCCUCCCGGCGCGGUGGGGAACGGCACCGGGGCCGAGGCGGGCGACAGACCGUCGGGUUUGCCCUCACAGCAGCUCGGGAAGGUCUUCUGCCAGAACAGGCCUCUGCCUCACAUUCCAAGGACCUUCCCGCUCCCCUCGGGAAAGGAGCCCGGCCAUGAGCAGCAGCAGUGCCACGAGGCGCUGAGCAAGGCGACCCAGGAGCAGAUCCUGCAGACCCUCAUCAAGAGGGUGCAGAGGCAGAAUUUGUUGCCCGUCCUUCAGCCCUCGCAGCUGAACCUCCCACACUCAGGUUUCCCAGGGGAGAACAGUUCCACCAGCCAGAGAUUCAUGCUGGGCUUCACGGGCAGGAGGACGUCCAAGCCUGCCAUGUCUGGUCAUUACCUGCUCAACAUCUCCACCUACGGCCGCGGCUCGGAGAGUUUGAGGAGAGGCUUCUCCUUGAACCCCGAGCUCCGCCUGGGGCUGGGCAGUCCCGCGGAGGGUCCCAGGGCAGAGUUUGGGGAGUGCGAGGAGGGGGCCGGCCCGGGCAGCAGCAGCGAGGAGGACGCGGAUGACGAGAGCACCGGCGACGAGCGGGAGCACUCGGGCGUCAGGGAGGAGCCGCAGGCGUCCGGUCAGCGUGAGAGGGGAUCUCCCAGCACCAGCCCCGUGGGGCCCGGCUCCCUGGGGACGAGGGCUGGGAAGGCCGAGGCAGCGCCGGCGGCGCCGGCAGCCGGCACCAAGGAGAGCACUGCGGCGCUGGACGGCACCGCGCUGGCCCGGGACCUGCUGCAGGCCGCGCAGGAGCAGAUGGCACACGCCAUGAGGGGCAGGAUGCACGGCAGCCCGGAGCUCCUCGGGCCUCCCGCCCCGUCCCCGGACUCGGCGCAGCCCCCGCUGCUCCCCGCCCCACACCCCCCGAGGGGCUCUGCCGGGGCGCAGCUCCUGGGGCCCAGCUACAGCGGCACCAUAAACGUCUCCACCUCGCCCGACGUGAGCCAGGGCUCGCUCAUCACGGGGCUGUCCGAGUGCAACCAGCUGGCCAGUUCCAUGGGGAACGUCAUGUCCUUCUCCGUGACCGUCACCACCAUCCCCGCCGGCCAGGCCGUCAGCUCCGGCGGGCACGGGCAGCCCCUCCCGGUGCAGGCCUUCGCCGAGGACGGCGGCGUGGAGGACCCCCCUUCCAAAUGUUACUGCAGGUUGAAAGCCAUGAUCAUGUGCAAGGGCUGCGGGGCCUUCUGCCACGAUGACUGCAUCGGCCCCUCCAAGCUCUGCGUCUCCUGCCUCGUCGUGCGGUAACCGGGACGGCGCGUGGGGGAGAGGACGGCUCCAUUUAGGGUUUGCUUUCGGGACUAUGUUGGGAAGAAACAGGAAUUUUACUGCCUUGCACAAGAGACACGUUACUGAAUCAGGAAAACAGAGUAGAGUCCUUCUUUCAUUAACGAAAGAGCACCUUCUUGUACAGGGAGUCGAGAUUGCGCUCGACUGCGUGAAUUGUGACAAGAGUUUGCACUUAAGGAAUUAUGUAAAUAUGUCACAUUAUUUUGUUUAAAGAUAUUUUUUCAAUCUUUUAGGAGGUAGUGUUUGACUUGUGCUGCAGUUUCAGUAACCCCAGCCCGCUCUGAGCGUGUUUGCUGAGCUCUGCUCGACGUGGGGGCUCCAACCCGUAGCCUGUGGUUGGUCUUCUCCUGGCAAGGAGGAGAACGGGAUAAUCCCAAUCCAUCCGUGUGUGCUGACCGGGGACAGAGCCCUGAGAGGGCUCCCUUGGCUGCCCUCUGGUUCAAAUCUUUGGGAGUUGGAAGGCACUGCCAGUGUCGUGCCAGCCUUUCCAGUCAUUGCCUUCCCCCCCGUGACCUGGCUGUUCCCAGGAGGCCCCUGGGCUGUGCAAUAUGGGCUGGGGUUUCUGAGCUGCAAAUCCCCUCCUGGGAGGCACUUCAGUCACCACUUUGUGAGGGAGGGGGUGUCUGGGGGUGUGGCUGGGCAAACUGAAAGAAGGAACUGUCCCGGCCGUGGGGCCAGAGUCCCUGGAACAGCUCAGGAACUGGGAUUGUCGGUGCCCCCUGAACCACUGAGAGCAGAGCUCACACAGCUGUGCUGGGACUGGCAGGGCCGGGCAGGAAUCUGCUCUCCUGGGCAUUCCCAGUGAGCUGGGAGGUGCCCUCCUGCAGCCCUGGGACACGGGGGCAGGUGAGGGGCACAAAGCGUCACCCUCGGACCUGCCACGUUCUGGGAAGCGUUUUGUGCUCCUCCAAACCCCCCCGUGGUCAGACAUCUCCAGUUCCUCUCCAAGAUUCUGUGUUUAUUCCGUGUAGGGAAAGGCAGUGUCUGGUUGGGCCUCUCUGGGCAGCUCUCUGUGUUUGAAGAACCAAACCAGGCUCAGCUCAGCUCGAGUUGGGCUCAGCUGAGGGGAAGGAUGGGCUGGGGACGGGGCUGCCCCUGCCCCUUGUGCCUGACAGGGCCAGACCCAGCUGGGGAUGCUCGUCCUCACUGUCCCUUCCUGGAUUCCUUCUCCUGGGGGAUGGAAACUGCAGCAGCCCCGUGGUGGCCCCGCGUUCCCUGGGGAGCUGAGGACGGGCUCACAUGGGGCACUCGUCACACCAGGGCUGUUCAGAGACCACCAGGCCCGUGGGCCCGUCCAGUCCCACACUGUCCCUGCCCUGGCAUGCAGGGGCCUCGCUGCCUCCUGGUCAGGGAACAGAGCUGGGUAUGUUUUUGAUGGAAAAGCACUGAAUUCACUUUGAAUCCAAAGGCCUUUUAAAGCUGAAGCAAUACUCCCACGGCAGUGGGACGGCUGUGUGGUGCACGGGGUCCUCAGCCCUCCUCUCCUCUCCCUUGGCUGUACUACUGCUUCCCCUUCCCUUCUCCCCCUGGGAACCUGGCACGUGGUGGGAGGAGCAGAAAUAAUUGUCUGGGAGGUUUUUCAAGGAGCAGGCGCUGCCCAAACCUGCCAGAGCUCCAGGAGCGUUUGGAGGCACAGGGUGGGAUUGUUGGGGUGUCUGUGCAGGGCCAGGGGUUGGACGUGAUGGUCCUUCCAGCUCAGGAUAUUCCAUGGUUCUGUGAUUUAUUUGGUGAUGGUAAGGAAAAGGGAGUUGCAAACUAAAUCCCGUGGUAGCAGGAGUGUUUCCUUCCCUGCCCUGCGAGUGCAGCUGCCUCCGGAGCAGCAGCUGCAGCAUCACUCGGUCUGGGAUUUGCUCAUCUUAAAUUCAUUGCAGAGCAGUGGCCCCCCCUCUGUCUGAUUCCACAUCACUGCUCAGCCAUCCUGUGGAGAGGAUUUAGGGAUUAGAAAUGAACUCAAUUUUUUUUAAUCUAAAACUGAAAUCUCAAAAAAAACUGCACAGAAUUGCUCUGUGAGCGUCUCACGGUGGUGGUGGUUGUAGCCCAGGAAUACCCCAGGCUGUGUGUGUUCCCACCACUUCCCACUUCCAGCUCGGGUCCUGGAAUUCCGAGUAACUCUGUCCUUGUCUGGGGGUGAAGGAGGGCCCAGCAGUGUAAUCCUGGGCAGACACAGCCCUUCCUGCCCGGGACAGCCCCGGGAGGAUCCAGUUUGCAGACUGUGCUGGCUGCAAAGCGAACUGACCCGGUGGCUCUUGCCUCAGAGGAGAGGGAGAGGUUUUGCUGCCCAGCUGGAGCAGUUCUGGUCACUCCUCUGGUCACUCCUUGGCUCCCCUCGGUGUGUUCUUCCAGGCUGAAGGAGAGGAUGAGGAGGGACCAUGGGCAGUGACCUGCCUGUGUCCCUGAGCACUCACCGGUGUCUCACGGGCUGCCGCUGGAAGGGCUGUUCCAGUGUUCCUCUGGCAUUUCCCAAACCAUCCCCGCCCCAGCUGUGCUUCCAGCUCCUUCAUCCCGUUAAACUUUACUGGUGUCCUCUGCUGUGCAUGGAUUUGGGGCUCUGUGCCAGUUCCCUGGCAGUGCAGGAGCUGCUGGUCCCUGAGCUGUCCCAUGGGAAUGUGCCCACCUGGCCCUCACUGGCCCGGGGUGGGAUGGCUGGUGAUCCAGAGGGGAUGGCUGGUGACCCAGGUGGAGUGGCUGGUGAUCCAGAGGGGAAUGGCUGGUGAUCCAGGUGGAGUGGCUGGUGAUCCAGGGGGGAUGGCUGGUGAUCCAGAGGGGAUGGCUGGUGAUCCAGAGGGGAAUGGCUGGUGAUCCAGGUGGGAUGGCUGGUGAUCCAGGUGGGAUGGCUGGUGAUCCAGGGGGGAUGGCUGGUGAUCCAGGUGGAGUGGCUGGUGACCCAGGUGAGAUGGCUGGUGACCCAGGUGGAGUGGCUGGUGAUCCAGGUGGGAUGGCUGGUGAUCCAGAGGGGAUGGCUGGUGAUCCAGAGGGGAAUGGCUGGUGAUCCAGGUGGGAUGGCUGGUGAUCCAGGUGGGAUGGCUGGUGACCCAGGUGGAGUGGCUGGUGACCCAGGUGGAGUGGCUGGUGAUCCAGCCAUGGAGGUGGCCCCAGGCUGGCACUGGCCAGUGCAGGAUGGUGGGUGGUGGCUCGGGAGUUUACACCUCUGUCAGUGCCUUAGUUCCAUUUCAUGGACCAACACUUUGCUUGGGCUACUUUUCUCCUGUUCAGACAAUAAAUUCUCUUGGGCCCAUCCUUGUUUUUAACAGGCUCCUGGUGCAGGCUGGUGGAGCAGCUCUGUGGGUGUGCAGGGGGCACUGAUGGGGAGGAGAUCCUUGGGAUAAUGGGCUUGGUGUAAUAAUCACUGCAAUACCCCCCUCUUGGAAUAGGGUAAAGCCUUGGAAGCUGCAGCUGGCUGUGGGAUGAUGUGUUUUAGAAGGGGAGGUCCUGCAGCCUGUGUAGCUGCUGGCGUGGGAUCAGCCUGUCCCACUGCUGAGGCUCCUUCCUGCAGGACAACAACCCCACCUUCACACUGGAUUUAUGAACAAAGGGGUGUCACAAUGUGGGUUAAACCCUUAGACUUGGGUUCCCAGGGGAUUCAUCCAAGAGCACUGCAGGGAAUGCUGGCAUCCCAAAUCCAAAAUAAAUGAUUCUAAAGCCUGACAUCAGAGUGGUUUUGGCAGGGAAAGGAACCUCGGUGAGGAAAGAGAUUCAGGUUUCAGUUUCCCUGCUCAGGAAGCAGAACUGGAAUUACAGCCUGACCAACACUUCUCUUCCCAAGCCCAGACCCCACGGACGGGCUGUGGCACUGGAAGUGCCAGCACAGCUCUGGGAGUUCGGGUUUUGAGCCAGGUGGGCAUCAAGGGAAGGAAUUUGGUGUGGAAUGUCACUGUCCCUCCCUAAAUCCCCAGGAAAGAAGAGGUUCUGAGCAGUUGCACUGGCUGGGGAGCUGUGUCUUUGUUCUGGUUGUAGGAAACAGCUGCUGGGGUGGUGAUUCCAGGUCAGGUCGUUGCAGCCCGAGGGAUCCUCAGGUCCUCACCCCCGGGGGGUGUUGCUGCUCCAGGGGCAGCUCCAGGGGCAGCAAAGCCCAUCCUGGGGCGGGAGGGUGGGUUGGAAGCAGGUUUGGGGCCUCUCUCCUCUGGGGAAGCUCAGUGUGAGGGUUUGGAGAACAGGAGCGGGAUGGGGUUUCCCUCUGCAGGGACUCAGGUUUGGCUCAGGAAUGGCCUCACCAGGGAAGGAUCCCUUGGGAGCUGAGCUGGGGCUCAGCUGGGCCCCGGGGUCAGCGCUGGAGGGGCUCAGCUCUGAACUCUGGGAUCCCCCAGCGGGAAUGUGGGUGGCUCUGGGAAUGUGGGGGGCUGCGGGGCUGGGAGGGGCUGGGGUGGCACUUGCACCCUGAAUUAUCACUUUGAUUAGCACAGAUUAAUUGGGGGGGACACACCCCAUUCCCAGGCUGCCAGGGGGUGUCCCAGGCCUGGGGGAACGUGUGGGGUCCAUGUGCCGCCGGUGUCCCACGGGGCCAGAGCGUGUGCUGGGAGGGAGAGACCCCGAAUUUCCCUCGUUCCCCGGGUCGUUUUUAAAUGCUAUAUGUUUGCUAUAACUGCAGAGCGAGUUUAAGAGCUUACAGUAAUAUAUUUUAAGUAAUAUAUAUUUUAGUAUCUGUAAAAGGCGUGGGCAGAGGAUGGUUUCUGAGGUGGGUGACAGGGUACAGGGGGGAGCAGCUCCUCGGCGAGGCCAAGGGGGGGGUUCUUGCAGGAAAACUGAAAAGGUUCAGUUUUUGCCAUUAAUGCAAUAAAAAUGGGAAUUCUCACAAAGAAGCAAUCCAAUACUGUUUCCCAGAGGCUUUUCCUGUGUGGACAACAGGCCUGUAAACGCAGUUCCAAAAUUCCUAAACCUUUGUCUUUUGCCUUUUUAAAAGGGACUUCAGUUGGGCUCAAGGGGCUGUACAGUGAAAUCGAGGUGACACCAUUUGAAAAUGUAUUUUUACACAAAUAAUAUAGAAAAAAAAAUCAUAUUUUACAUAAGAAUUUUAAGUAUUUGAAAUAUGUGUAUAUAUAUAUACUGUAUGUACUUCGUAUAUGCUUUAUUUUACAUUUUCAAUGUAUUAAAAGGUAUUUGAGCUGGUUGGA